AGCAAAAUUAGUUGGCUCAGAACCCUUACGGCGCGUCUCUCUGUGCAAGUCCUGCAAACGACAACAGAAAUAAAGCCACUGGCCAUCUCGGGAAAUGCAACGGACUGGGCGGUAAAACAAAAAAUAAAGCAAGUUCAGCCGUCCAAAGGCAAAUCCGGUCCAGCCACAAACUUUUCGACAAAUCCAGCCAAUUCUCUACCAAUCCAGAUUUUUUUUGGUCUUUCUCUCUCGCCAGAAAUCUCAGCAAUCGCUUAUUUACCAAUCCAGCCACGUCGGCGGCAAUCCGUCCGGCGUCGUUUUACCGACGAAACAAGAUCGCCGAAAAGAGCAGGCAAACGUCUCCGUCGAUCCAGCCAUCGUACUCCCCCAACCAACCCCGGCCAUCUCUCCUGUAAACUCGUCAAACAAAUCUCUCGCGACCUUAUCCAGCCACCGUCCUACCGACCCACCCAGCCCAUCCAGCAAUCGUUCUACCAAACCCAUCCAGCCAUCUCUGAAGCGAGCAAAGCGAGCCGUCCCAUACGUCCAGUGUUUCAAGCAAUUCUCUCCACCACCAACCCCAUCGAUUGAGAAAUCUUUCGACGCGAUCUACCAAAAAGGCGUGCGGGCCACCUCUCCAAACGGCGCAUCUGUCCACCCUCAUAAAGCCAGCUCAUUGUUCCCGGCCAUCCUCAGCCAGUCUUCUGCAGCCAUCCAGGAUUGUUGUCCCCUUCUGCCUCUGACGACGGAGGAGGCGGCCGGGAUUGGGGGGCCGUGGCGAGAGGGCCGGCAGCCGCGGCUGCGAGCAUGCACUGCAGUCUUCUGGACGCGGACAUGGACUCAACAGAGAGCUGGAUCGAGCGGUGUCUGAGCGAGAGCGAGGGCAAGGGGAGGUACCCCCCCGAGCACAGCCCCCUCGGGUCCCUCUCCAACGAGGAGGAGCAUGACGAGAAAGAUAACAGCCGUGCCUCCAAGCCGCACUCCACUCCCGCUACCCUGCAGUGGCUGGAGGACAACUAUGAGAUCGCCGAGGGGGUGUGCAUCCCGCGCAGCGCGCUCUACAUGCACUACCUCGACUUCUGCGAGAAGAACGACACGCAGCCCGUCAACGCCGCCAGUUUCGGCAAGAUCAUUCGCCAGCAGUUCCCACAGCUCACCACUCGACGGCUGGGCACGCGGGGACAGUCCAAGUACCACUACUACGGGAUCGCCGUGAAAGAGUCUUCGGCCUACUACGACGUCAUGUACUCGAAGAAGGGCGCCGCGGGGCUGGGCGACACGGCCAAGAAGGAGGCGCCCAAGCAGGCGGUCGCCUACUCGCCGCGCUCCAAGCUCGGCACCCUCCUGCCCGACUUCCCCAGCGUCAAGGAGCUCACGCUGCCGACUGGCAUCCCCGCAGAUAAGGUGUCCACCUUCAUCAUGAUGUACCGCACGCACUGCCAGAGGAUACUCGACACGGUGAUCCGGGCCAACUUCGACGAGGUGCAGAGCUUCCUGCUGCACUUCUGGCAGGGCAUGCCCCCCCACAUGCUGCCCGUGCUCGGCUCCCCGGCCGUGGCAAACAUCGUGGGGGUGUGCGACUCGAUCCUCUACAAGGCCAUCUCGGGCGUGCUCAUGCCCACUGUGCUCCAAGCUCUUCCAGACAGUCUCACCCAGGUGAUCCGAAAGUUCGCGAAGCAGCUGGACGAGUGGCUCCGCGUGGCGCUGGACGACCUGCCGGAGAACCUGUGCGUCGUCAAGUUCGAACUGGCCCGGAGGUUUUCUCAGAUCCUGCGGAGGCAGACUUCUCUCAACCACCUGUGCCAGGCGUCGCGCACGGUCAUCCACAGCGCCGACAUCGCCUCGCAGAUGCUGGAGGACUGGCGCAGCGUGGACCUGGGCAGCAUCAGCAAGCAGACGCUCUACACCGUCGACGAGUGGCGAGAGGAGCACCGCGCACUCACCGAGACGCUCUACCAGGAGUUUGAGCAGCUGCUGGAGGAGCAGUCGCCCAUGGAGUCGUACAUCGAGUGGCUCGACUCGAUGGUGGAGAGAUGCGUCGUGAAGCCCGCGACCAGGAGGCCCGGCACCCUGAAGCAAGUGGCCCGCCAGUUCCUGCUGAUGUGGUCGUGUUUCGGCACCCGCAUCAUUCGCGACAUGACGCUCCACAGCGCGCCCAGCUUCGGUUCCUUCCACCUCAUCCACCUGAUGUUCGACGACUACGUCCUCUACCUGCUCGAGUCGCUGCACUGCCAGGAGCGAGCGGCCGAGCUGCUCCGAGCCAUGCGGGGCGAGGGGCCCGUCGGCGCUGCCGAUGAAGCCGCCUUGCCCAACCCUCGCCUGCCCUCGCCCACAACCACCUCCACCACCGCCGCCUUCCACCCGCAAGAGUCGACCAUGGGCAUGGAGACGCAGUCCGUGGUCUCCUCCCUCAGCGCACACUCGCCCGGGCCCAGCGGCGUCACCUCCCCCACCGGCAGCAAUCGCUCCUUCCCCAGGUCGCCGGUCGCUCCGUUCCAGUCCGUGGCGGCGGUGGCGGCGCCCGGCCCGGUGCCCCAGGGGGAUCCGAGCCCCCAGGCCACGCUGCCGUACGCCCGCGCCUUCCCGUCGCAGCACUCACCGCUGGGGCACACGCCGCACCGCUCCGCGCCGGCCUUCCCUCAGCACGAGCAGCACGGCAGCUACACGGGCAGCUACAACUACACGAGCUACGCGCCGGCGGUCCCCGCUCAGCACCCCCACGCUCACCACCCCCACGCUCACCCUCACCCGGCAGCCCCUCACCACGGCUCCGCCGGGCCCGCCGUGACCUCCUACCACGCUGUGUCGCACGAGCAGCCCGUGCUGGCGCAGCUGCACUACCCGACGGCCGCCUACCACCACCACCACCGCCGCUCAGCGCCGCAGUACCCAUUCAGCCGGCAGUCCGGCCGUCUCGAGCCGUGCCUCCUGGGCUCCUCCGCCGGCACCGGCUCCGUGACCCCGCGCUGGGGCGACGGCACGGGGGGCGGCGGGGGCAGCGGCGGCCACGCUCUGGUCGGCGGCGCCUGCUACGGGAGUCCCGCCUCCUCCGUGUCUCCCUCCUCCGUCUCCCCUUCGUCGUCCUCCGCAGCCGCGCACCACCACCACAAUCACCACAACCACGGACACCACCACCACCACCACGCGCACGUCCAGCGUUACAGCGCUGGCGGUGCGGUGGCCCCGCUGCCCGCGCCGCCGACCUCGGACAUGUUCGCGCCGCUCGGCAUGGCUCGACGCGCCUCCGACUACGACCCCGGGCAGCACUUCCCGGGAUUCGCGUACAUCAGCGGCGAGGCGGCCGCCGCCGCGAGCGCCUGGUCCAAGUGACGAUCGCGGGCGAAAACGACGACGACGACGACGAACGAAGAUGGGGCACGGCGAGGGAUGAGUUCGGUCUGGAGCCACCGACGGAACGACCGCACGCAUGCAGGGCUUUGCCAGGAAUGGCGCGCGGUUCGACGGCCACAAUGAUUUUGGCGAGUCCGAGCGGCGGGGACGGGUCAGCGUCCCCCCGUCGCUCUCUGCGCACUUACAGACGAGCGCUUCGUGCCUCCGAAGCAAAGUUGAGAUGCGAGGCAACUUACGAGAGACGCUGCACUCGCAAGACAUCUUGUGGGGGGGGGGGGUAGGAGGUGGUGGUGGUGUGAUGGCAGAGGGGGGUCUCUCAACGCAACGAUUGGCGGGGCGCGACACGCGCGCCACCGAGGGACAUUGCUCACAAGUGGCUGCACGCUCCGGCCGCUGCGCUGCCCCCCCCCCCCCCCCGAUCCCACAGCGCAAACCUCGGAGCGACGCGCAGACGCCGCAAGGUAAAGUGCAUCGCUGUCCAAGUACGGAGGAAGCUGUUACUUUUGUGGUGAAGAAAAAAUAACGAAAGUUUUUAAAGUGGAAGAGACGGUUUUCCUUCACACCUCCCCACCUCUCACCCAUGAAGACUCUUGCACCUUUUGCCCUAAUCUGUAGCAAUGCUUGACUACACGAAGCCCGCAUUCGCAAGAUCUACUUAACUGUGACCGAAAGAUCUUCGCAACAGACACCACUUUAAAAAAAGAAAACGUCCAGUACUGCAAUUAGAAAGAAAAAAAAAAGAUAUAUAUAACAAAACCAAGCGCGUGUUUUGUGCAAAAGCAGAUUAUCGUAGCCAAGAUGUAUAUUUAAACUGCAAUAUUAAUGUAUUGUGUACAUACGUUACGAAUUUUUAAAUAAAAAAAAUUCUC